CAGCCAUGGUCUGGAAGAAACUGGGCUCCGGCAACUUCUCCGACUGCCCCAAUGGCUCCCGCCAGUGGAUAUGGGACGUGUUCGGCGAAUGCGCCCAGGACGGCUGGGAUGAGGCCAGCGUGGGCCUGGGUUUGAUCUCCAUUGUCUGUUUUGCAGCAUCCACCUUCCCCCAGUACAUCAAGGCCUGCAGGACCGGCAACAUGGACCAGGCGCUGUCUCUGUGGUUCCUCUUGGGCUGGAUCGGAGGAGACUCCUGCAACCUCAUCGGGUCCUUCCUCGCCGACCAGCUGCCCCUGCAGACCUACACGGCGGUGUACUACGUGCUGGCCGACCUGCUGAUGCUGGCCCUCUACUUUCACUACAAGUUUAAGAAGUGCCCCUCUCUGCUGUCUACCCCCAUCAAUUCUGUGCUGCUCUUCAUCCUGGGGGUGGUGUAUGCCUUCCCGCUGCUGAGGACCACUGGCCCGGUGGCUGCCCCGAGGGAGGUCUUCCGGGGCCGCACGCUCCUGUCAGUGGAGCCGGGCAGUAAGCCCUUCACUCAGCAGGAAAUCAUCGGUUUCGCCAUCGGCUCUGUCUCCAGUGCGCUCUACCUGCUGUCCCGGCUGCCUCAGAUCCGUACCAACUUCCUGAGGAAGUCGACGCAGGGCGUCUCCUACUCGCUGUUCGCCUUGGUGAUGCUGGGGAACACGCUGUACGGGCUGAGCGUGCUGCUCAAAAACCCCGAGGUGGGCCAGAGCGAGGGCAGCUACCUGCUGCACCACCUGCCCUGGCUCGUGGGCAGCCUGGGCGUGCUGUUGCUCGACACCAUCAUCUCCAUACAGUUCCUGGUGUACAGGGACACGGCCACGUCCUUGGAGCGUCAGCCCCUCCUCCCCAGUUGACCCGGACCCAGGCCAAGCCCGGGACUACGGGGACCUCCAGAUGCCGCUCCCAGGAAGGGACAAGUGUGGGCAGACAUGGUGCUGCUGACCCUGGACUGGGCUGUGGAGGCGGCCGGGGGCACCUUGAGGGCCCGGCCCAGCUGCCUCCCCCACCUCCGAAACCUCCUGGCCGACUCUUCCAGGAACCCUGACUGGCUGACUCUUCAGGGAGCGGGGAGCAAGAGGGUUGCGGGGGCCAGCCCCUCCCCGAGUCUGAGGCUGCUGUCCCUGGGAGCCUCGAGGGAGGGGCUGCAGCGGAGACCUCGGCCCCUUCGAAGGCAGUGGGCGCCCCUCGACCCACCUCCCUCCAUCUGCCUGCACACCCCCUGGAGCGGGGUGCACCUGCAGCUGGGUGUCCCCAGGACUGUCCCGUUGACUGCAGACAGCCCAGUAAACGGUACCUCCC